AUGACGACGACCGUUAUAACUGGAACUGGGCGACGCUCCUCAACACGACCAUCAGAAUUACAGAUACCAGCGAAAACAUCUAUUUCGCACAUGACAAGCCCAAUAGACAAAUUCCCGCCUUUUAGCGACGAGCCAUUUGAUACACCAGCAGGACAAGGGGAACCGCACAGCUCUACUAGCAGGUACGCACCGCGCGAUCUUUGGGAGUCUCGAAAGGGGGGCGCAUUCACGCGGGAGCAUGGGAACGGAUCAACCAGAGUCUCGAAACACAGGCCCAGGAAAAGCAUCAGCGAGGCGAUUAGCACAAUUAGAACCCGGAAUGCCAGCGUGAGUGCAAAUGCGCAGGAACUAGCACAGGCCCUGAGGGCACCAGUCUCUUAUCAAUUGAUAUUCCUUUGUCUUAUUUGGUACAUGACUUCCGCCGUCACAAACACAUCAUCAAAAUCCAUACUCACUGCCCUACCGAAACCUAUCACUCUCACCGCUGUACAAUUCGCUUUUGUGUCAAUAUGGUGCUUGGUGUUGGCGUAUCUUUCUACUGUGGUGCCAUCGCUCAGAAGGAGUAUACCAGCACUGAAAAAUGGCAUUCUCUAUCCGUCGCGCGAUGUUAUCAUGACAGCAUUGCCCUUGGCAAUAUUUCAACUGGCUGGUCAUAUACUCAGUUCCAUGGCUACCUCUCUGAUACCGGUAUCGUUAGUCCACACGAUCAAGGGCCUUUCGCCUCUUUUCACCGUUCUCGCAUACCGUGUGCUUUUCCGCAUUCGAUAUGCUAAAGCAACGUAUCUGUCGCUAGUCCCGUUGACCUCGGGCGUCAUGCUUGCCUGUUCUACAGGAUUCUCUACGAAUUUCUUUGGCAUACUGUGCGCACUCGUUGCCGCGCUGGUCUUCGUCUCGCAAAACAUUUUCUCUAAAAAACUUUUCAAUGAAGCCUCACGCGCUGAAUCGGAACAGUUAUCAGGGAGACGAAAACUAGACAAACUCAAUUUACUAUGCUAUUGCUCCGGGAUAGCAUUCAUCCUCACAUUACCAAUAUGGAUCUGCAGUGAGGGCUAUUCACUAAUAAAAGACUUCAUGCAAGACGGGGUCAUUUCUCUUUCAGGCAAGAAAAACUCAUUGGACCAUGGAGAACUCUUCCUGGAGUUCGUAUUCAACGGAGUUUCGCACUUUGCGCAAAAUAUCCUGGCAUUCGUCCUACUCUCUAUGAUUUCACCCGUGUCAUACUCCGUGGCUUCUUUAGUGAAGCGAGUAUUUGUCAUCGUUGUCGCGAUCGUGUGGUUUGGCAGUCCGACCACUUCGGUGCAGGCUUUGGGUAUUGCUCUUACUUUCCUGGGGCUUUACCUAUACGAUCGAAAUAGCCAUGAUGAUCUUGCAGAUCGACGGGCGAAUGCAGAUUAUUUUCGCGCCAAGGAGUCUGUCCUUCCCUUGAAUGCGCGAACGCCAACGAGUACCCCAUGGGAUUCCAACGGUUAUGCCUUCCCAUCUGGCAAGGAUUCUCAAGGUCCGUUUUCUGAGAACCCGCAUUAUUUAGCUCAUCAUUUGAAGAAGGAAGAUGAUACUCCUGGUCAUGUUCGAUCAAGGGGAGGUAGUACUUCUCGAGCAUGGUUACCGCCUGGCACAAAACAAGAGUCGACAUGGCAGCCAAGUGACUCUUGA